GGUUGUGGGGAGCUGUGCAGCUACGUGGUCCGACAGGUACCAGAGCCCAUUUCCACAUCUCUGAGGUGAAGAAAUCGGAAAAGAGAGUGAAGGGGGGAGAGGAGGAGAGGAGGGGGACUGGGGGAGAGACGAGCGGAACAGACCGGUGCCGGAUACACGCGUAGCGGCUCGCCCGCACUGCAGAUUAACUCUUCCAGCACUGACGCACCACGCAGCGGGUAUGUGGGGUUCUGGGCGCUGGUCUACGCACACAGGCGCGCGCACAGACCCCCGCGCAGGACAACGCACAGACACAUAGACACACAGGAGAGGAACCGCCGAGAAGCAGGUAGAGAUGCCCAGCCACUCACACGGGAGCCAGAAAGACGACCACAAGCACAAACAGUGAGAAGCACAGCCCCCUCGUCCCGCCCCCGCGCGCCCCCGCGCUCGGUCCGACAGACACGCCGCCCCCCGGUCCCUCAGCGCGUCAGCCAGGCGGUGGGCGGCCGGGGAGUCUCGCUCCGGACGGAUGCAGCACAUCAUCGAGCAGAACCCCGACAUGGCCACGGCUCUGCUCGCCGGAGAGAAGCUGAGGGAGCUGAUCCUGCCGGGGCAGCAGGACGAGAGGGCGGGGCCGCUGGCCGGCCUCAUGGUGCAGCUGAAGCUCGAGCUGCCCUUCGACCGCGUCGUCACCAUCGGCACCGUCAUCAUCCCCAUCCUGCUGGUGACGCUGGUCUUCACCCGCAACUUUGCAGAGGAGUCGAUAUACUGUUACACGCCACACAACUUCACUCGUGACCAGGCACUGUACGCACGGGGCUACUGCUGGACAGAGCUGCGCGACGCGGUGCCAGGGGUGGAGGCCGCCCUGCGGCCCUCGCUGUUUGAGCACAAGUUCCUGCCCUACGCCCUGCUGGCCUUUGCGGGCAUCAUGUACAUCCCCGCCCUGGGGUGGGAGUUCCUGGCCUCGACGCGCCUCACCUCCGAGCUCAACUUCCUCCUGCACGAGAUCGACAACUGCUACCACCGCGCCGCCGAGGGGCGGGCGCCGAAGAUCGAGAAGCAGAUCCAGUCGAAGGGCCCCGGGAUCACGGAGCGGGAGAGGCGGGAGAUCAUCGAGAACGCGGAGAAGGAGAAGAGCCCCGAGCAGAACCUGUUCGAGAAGUAUCUGGAGCGGCGGGGGCAGAGCAACUUCCUGGCCAAGCUGUACUUGGCCCGCCACCUGGUCAUCAUCUGCCUCAGCUCUAUCCCCAUCUCCUACCUGAGCACCUACUAUGCCACGCAGAGGCAGAACGAGUUCACCUGUGCGCUGGGCGAGCCCCCAGAUGCCAGCAGUGCUCCUGAGCUGCGGCUCAACGUGAACUGCAAGCUGCCCGCCGUGCAGCUCCAGCGCAUCAUGGCGGCUGUGGACAUCACGCUGCUGUGUUUCAUUAACCUGGUGAUCUUGGUCAACCUCAUUCACCUCUUCAUCGUGCGGAAGUCCAACUUCGUCUUCGACAAGCUGCACAAGGUGGGCAUCAAGACCAAGAGGCAGUGGCAGAAGUCCCAGUUCUGCGACAUCAACAUCCUGGCCAUGUUCUGCAACGAGAACCGCGACCACAUCAAGUCCCUGAACCGGCUGGACUUCAUCACCAACGAGAGCGACCUCAUGUACGACAACGUCGUGCGGCAGCUCCUGGCCGCGCUGGCGCAGUCCAACCACGACGCCACGCCGACCUUGCGCGACUCGGGCAUCCAGACGCUGGACCCCAGUGCUGACCCAGCCAUGCUAGGCGUGGGUGAGCUUGGUGGAGAGCCCUUGGUCAUCAAGCGCCCACGCAAGAAGAUGAAAUGGAUCCCCAGUUCGAACCCGCUCCCCCAGCCCUUCAAGGAGCCGCUGACGCUGAUGCGGGUGGAGAACAGCAACAAGCCCGAGAAGCCCAAGCCGGUGCGACGGAAGACCGUGACGGACAGCCUGAUCGCGCCCCUGCUGGACUCCUCGAAGAGCACGCAGCAGCCUCCUGCUGGCAAAGGAGAGCUCAGUGGAGGCAGUGUGGACAAAAAGACCACACGGAACCUCUCCCUGGACGUGCACCCCUACAUGUUGACCAUCCGUAAGCCCAAGGCCGAGGCGCCCAGCAAUCAGCAGCUGCCUCCCACCUGCACACAAGAGGGAGUGUUCAUUGAGGGCACACACACCAUUGUCCAUGUCUCUGCUGCUAUCACAGAGAAGAAGGAGCCUCUGACAGAGCCAAAGUUCUCUGCAGUGACUCUGCCCAGCGCAGCCUACCUGAGCGGCAGCACCACGAGCCUUCCCAGCACAGCCUGCCCCCCCGACCCGCUCAGCCAGCCAGCCCCGGAGGGCCAGGGCCCGGCGUUCAGCCGGAACCCCACCCACCCGCUGCUUAACAUCCACCACACGCUGUACGAGGAAGAAGAGACGGCACUGGGCGGGGAGAGGAGAGACAGGCUGGGAGAGAGGACGGGGGAGCUCAUCACCGCGGGGGAGUACUGAGGGGAAAAUGUACUCGCCAGCACUCAUCCACUGCGCCGUUCCGAUGCACAAUCCCGCUGUCCCUCGCUGUGCUGAGAGGAAAUAGAGACAGAGGUCCGGGUCACCCGUCAUCACUGGAGGAGCACAGCAAUCCACAGGUCACUUCCUUGAUCAACCAUCCCCUUGAGCACAGACAGAGGAGAGAUGGUCUUGGCCAGGGUAAAGGAUGUGACUGAAUUCUGCACGUCUGAUUUCUCUAAGAACAUCAAAUAUGGUUCGAAACCAGAGGAGAUCAUUAAGCCCAUCAAUCCUCUUUCGUAGUUAGUAGCAAAUUGAUUCAAGGAUCUCAUCCAGCUGUUUCUUGAAAAGGAGACAGGGUAUCGGCUUCAGCAACAUGGCUGGGUAUCUUAUUCCAUACUCCCACAAACGUUUGUGUAAAGACAUGCCUCCUUUUGUCCUAAUGCACUUCCACAUCCUUUCCACUUGUGGAGAAAUGUGAAGAAUCGCUCGUUGUAUCGGCACGAAUGAUGAACUGUGAUGGACUAAAGGAUCUGCUCUCGUCCCGAUCUUCUCACGUUUUCUAAAGUUCUCAAGUUCUUGUCCAUCUACUAAAUCCAAACUGUCACCUGGUGCUGACAGCACUGUACUCCCCACCCACUGCACAGCUCCAGCACAGAGAAUGAUCCAUCUCAGCUGUACAGAAUAAACAGGCCCCCUGAGUGUGAUACACACCAGAAAACAAGCAGUUCUGCAGAGUUGCAUUUAACAUUUAUUUUUAAAGCUCUGCCUAAAAAGGAAGAGAACUUUCAACAGUGCUGGUCAAUGGACUGAAGUCUCACAGACAACGCAGCAACCCUAGGCUCUGGCCCCAGCUAAUUUUAAAGGAUGGUUUUUGAAUAACUAAACUCUGUGCACUUCCAACCCCAAAGACUGACAGGUAGCCUAGUGAGUUGAACACAUACACAGAUACGCGGACUUAUCUUUACUUAAUUACAGAGUCAGACACAGCAUGGUGAAUGUACUUCAGUCACUCUCAUCCAGUAAGCACAGGCACUCAGGAGCAUGCAGGGGUCACUCAGAGACAAACAAACCUUUUACAUCCUUUCCAGCAGAAGCCUUUGUGCUUCCUUGCUCAUGGCAGCUAACCAAAAUGUUACUCAGAAGAAGUGAUUUAGGAAUUUAGUUUAUGAAGUUCUUUCACAAAAUGAGCCACCUAGGAAAUUAAGUGGAGAAGAAACUAUAGUUACUCCUGCAAACUCCAUCUCCUGUCCAGUCACAACACACAUCACUGUCACAAUCUGAUUUAAAAUACAACAGAAAAUAAAGAUAUGUUCUUAAAUAUAUCUAUCUCGGAGCACUGCACAAAAUUUAAAAGCAAAGUACAUACAAGCAAUACGUAACAUUUCCAAGCCAUUAUGCAAAAACACAUUCAAUAAGAAACAUUUUAAGUUUCACAUUCACAUCUUUUCUGAUGUUGCCUGUUUUUUGGAGUUCCAGGGCUCUGAGCCCAUUUGAUUGGACACAGAUUUGGAUUCUUAUGCAAUAUAUAUGUACCUUAUAUACUACCAACCAGUAGCAACCAGACAUUGUGUCUUAUCACAUCACAGCUCAGCAUCCAUACACCCUUCAGGUGAACCAGUGUGAGACAAUCUAGGAUUUGCUGUACUGAUUGAGCAUGAGCUGCAUUAGCUACAGGGCAACAGACAAUUUACUUUUUACAAAUCUAGCUCACAGUCAGCCUGUGUGUUUGUCCAUAUGGGGUGGUGUGAUUUAGACUGCUCUGCACCAGGAGUUUCAUAUCUCUCCACUGAUACACUCUGUCAGUCAAUUGUUAAUGUCUGUAAAGAUUUUAAUCGGUGUUUCCCUGCUUCAGACUCGGGAACCAGUCCGGUGACAUUCCAGUUUUCUGACCUAACCAUUACAUACUGUAACUGUGUCAAAAUCUUCAUUGCUUACUGCUUCACAUUCCAGCCAAAUACCAUUCGUGUUCCGCCACCUAAAUCACCAGUGAGAGUAGUUCACCUCCCCAAAUAAAACUGAGACUGUUAGCUCUCUGUCACAGCAGUCUGGUGCAACAAAUGACUGCUCCUUCGCUGGGCUUGAAGUGAACAACAGCUUUCCCUCGCAUUCAGACUGGCCUUGAGUCGGCAGGGAACACAGAGAUAGAGACUCUUCGCAACCAGAACAGACUCACAGGUGCACAGCCUGAACAGCCAUUAGCUCCUUACCCACCCGUUUCCCACCAAAGACUGCUUCAGUAGUGGCUUCUCCACCCUGCUGAAUGACAACACAGAGUAAUAUUUAUGGAGCACUUUCCUUCCGGGACACUGUACUGAAGAAUCACCGUGGCAACCAGAAACAGUCAGUGUCAAAGCUCCUCCCACCUCCCACCGCCCCCCGAAAAGGCAAGGAUGCACUUGCUCAGUAGCAAUAAUACCAGCUCUAGUCAUCUGUGCCUGCUGUAACAAUGGUCACAUGACACACUGAGGGAACCAAUCAGGGCUUUGUCCCCCUUGGAGAAAGCCAAUCAGGACCAAGAUGAUGUACAACACAGAGAUCCCCUAGGAGCCCACAGGUAAGGAGGGGGAGUCAUUGGGGAACAAAGAGAAGGUGAAUGGGGAGAGGAGGUAGGGAGAUAGAGGGAGAGCUUAGGAGAGACUCUUAAUGGUGGUGAGCCAGAUGGAGGGGCGGAUAAGAGAUUAAUGAGGUUGUGCUAAUUAAUUUGCAGCUCUAGUUCUGCAGUGGUGUGUGGAGGUGUGUGUGAGAUCCCACCCGCUGAAGAGUGUCCUGCUCCCACGCAGACCCCUCCCGUCCGCUGCCAAGACCUCCUCUCUCCUCUUCUCCUCCUCCUCCUCCUCCAGGACAGGCGCUCUGGCCACGCUCUGAGCCCAGAACAGAAGAAUACAGCAGUCCCUCUGCCUUUUCCUUAUAGGAAAUACUGAUUUCCGUUCAGGCAUAUGCAGGGCCUCCUUAUUUGUGAGGGACUUUCCAGUACUUUUUUAAUGAAAAACAACAACAAAAUAAGUUGAGGCAAAGUCAGACAUGUUUGAAUUUCCCAUACCCUCUCUUACGUUAGAGUCCUGAACGAUGUAAACGUGGUUUGUUUUACGAGUUCAUCGUCUUGUUUUCUCUGUAAACCCAACAAGCUGGGAUACUGGAUGGAUCCACCCCUGUAUAGCAUCUCAUCGAGAUUAUCUGGGAACUUGGUACAAGCCGAGCACUUCUUGCUUGAUCGAUAGAUCAGGUGGUUGGCCUGUAUACAUACUGUACUGUCAGCAUUAUUCUGGCUUUAAAUGGCCAGGAGCAUCUCAGCUCUUCCUGGGAUUUUCAGGCACUGGUGUGUCCGACUGGAUCUUUAAUUAUGGUGGCUCAGGGUCAGGCCGAUGGCAUUAUUUAAUUAAAGGAAUGAGUAAAGGCAAGAGUUCCCAUUUUGGUCUAAAAUUAAAAGAAGUAGACUGGUGUUAGAGCAAUUUCAAUGAAGUGGGAAAAUUGCCUGUGUUUAUUAAACUCGCAGUGCCCAAGUUUGACAACACAGCUCAACUGAGAGAUAAGUGAAACAGUUCAUCUUCUGUGGAUUGGGACUAGAGUUCUGUGAAGACCUGUAGCAAGCUGUGCAACUAUUUUUAUUACACUUUACUGUGGUAACAUUGGAUGGUAAUUGAGCUCUUUUGCCAUAUUUUCCCCUAUAUUUAACACCAACUGUUACUGUGGUUUCAUUGUGGUUUACUACAUUAGUAAAAAUAUAGCGAGUGCUUGCAAGGGAGGAAACUGGCCAGUGACAAUUUCGCCACAACAGGACACCAGACUUCUCCUGUAGGGGAGUUCGCUGUUGUCAGAGGAGGCACGGUGUGGCUUGAAGGCUGGGAAGUGCUCUAGAAAGUCCCUCACUUUUGGGGGUCACACCUCACUGAGGCCUCAUGAUCUGGAUAAUGUAGAGAGGGAGCAUGGCACCCCAUUGGUGAUGCCAUCCCCCUUUCAGAAUGGCCCGGUGUCUUCUGGUCUGAGCUCUUGGUUACAUAGUUAUUUAACUGAUUAUUUAAUCACACAAAUUCAAUUUUUUUUAAUUAACUGCAGCAAUAAUUCCUUACACUUAAAUAGCGCUAUUCUGGACACUCCA